AAUGGUCAUACCUUGGUCUAUGUACAGACUCCGCCUACACGGCUCAUCGCUAAGUGCCCCGUGGUAUAAAAAGUGUAGACCCCAUUGAAAUUGUUCUGCAUCAUCAAACCCAUCAGCUAACCUUUAGAGCUUCAUCUUGUUAAAUUCACUUUUUGUUUGUUAUUGUCGUCCGUUGAAACUUAUCUAUGUGCAGUUUUUAGUUAUUUUUAAGCGUAUGGAGAACUGGAGCUAACGGGAACCUAACGUAGCUAACCUCUUUAAGUAAAGGUAGUUGUAGCCGCCAUGGGCGGCUUCCAGCUCUUGGUCUUCGCAGUUGUUGCAACAAUAGUUUGGUCGGCUGCUGGAGAACCAGAGGCAUUCCAUGUUGAUGGAGCUCCGCCCUCAAAAAUUGCGGUGGUUGGAGCAGGGAUAGGAGGCAGCGCCACGGCCCAUUUCCUCCGACAGCACUUUGGGCCAGAGGUGCAGGUGGACGUGUUUGAGAAGGGUGAGGUUGGAGGCCGUCUCGCCACCGUCACUGUCAAUAACAAUGACUACGAGUCUGGAGGGUCGAUUAUACACUCCCUGAAUCUCCACAUGCAGGAGUUUGUCAAACAGUUAGGCCUUAAGCAUCGCCGUACAGUGGCAGGAAAGACUGCUGUUUAUAAUGGAGAGGAGGUGAUUUUGGAAGAGACGGAUUGGUAUUUGUUAGACUUGUUCCGCCUGUGGUGGCGCUAUGGCAUCAGCUUCAUUCGGCUUCAAAUGUGGGUGGAGGAAAUUAUGGAGAAAUUCAUGAGGAUCUAUAAGUACCAGGCCCACGGCUACGCCUUCAGCUCAGUGGAGGAGCUGCUGGACUCUCUGGGAGGCAGUGGCUUCAUCAACAUGACCAGGAGGCCACUUUCAGAUUCGCUGCUGGAGCUGGGCGUGUCGCAGCGCUUCAUCGAUGAGGUCAUCGCACCUGUCAUGAGGGUCAACUAUGGACAGAAUGUCAGCAUCCCUGCUUUUGUAGGCGCCGUUUCUUUAGCAGGAGCCCAGAACAACCUGUGGUCAGUGGAAGGAGGCAACAAGCUUGUGUGUUCUGGUUUAUUGAAGAUGGCCAACGCUAAUCUACUGAAGGCAGAAGUUCGAUCCAUCUCCCCCAUCUCCUCAGGCGAGGCUCUCCAGUACCAGCUGAACUUCACCACGGCAACAGGAACGGGAUCGGAACUGUAUGACAUCGUCGUGUUGGCGACGCCUCUCCAGGACGGUGUCGGUCCUGGACUCCAGUUCCAAGGUUUCACGCCUCCCUCCAAACAGAUGCCCGGCGAUUAUCACAGCACAGUGGCAACGAUUGUCCACGGUUACCUCAACACCUCCAUCUUCGGCUACCCGGAUCCCCGCCUGUUCCCCUUUGCCAGCGUCCUGACAACCGAGACGCCGGGGCUGUUUUUCAACAGCGUGGCCAGCGUCUGCCCCGUCAACAUCUCAGCGGGAUUUCGCCGCAAGCAGCCGCAAGAGGCUGGAAUCUACAAAGUGUUUUCCUCUCAACCGCUGGAAAAGUCACAGCUCAAAACACUCUUCAGGUCGUACUAUUCGGUGCAGGUGACCGAGUGGCAGGCUUAUCCCGACUACGGCAGCAGCCAGGGCCUGCCUCCGGUGGAGCUGCACCCUAAUCUUUAUUACCUUAAUGGCAUCGAGUGGGCUGGCAGCGCCAUGGAGAUGAGCUCAGUGGCUGCUAAGAACAUCGCCCUGCUGGCGUACCACCGCUGGAACAAACAAACAGACAUGGUGGAUCAGAGCGAUUUGAUGCACAGGAUCAAGACGGAGCUCUGAUGAGUCUAGUCACUGGUUCAUCUCUAGAGUUUAAUCCAACCUGCACCCUGUCCUCUGAUUAUUAAUGUGAAGAUUUAUGAUUGACUCGGUUUGCUGUCAGAUUUCAGUGUGACGGUUUAUAAGCUAAUGAGAUAGCUGUGACUUUACAGUGGUAGCCACUGGUGUUAGGCUUUAUCGCCCUUUUCAUCAGACUUUUAUCUCUUCUUCCUGCUGCUUUUGUUGCAUAAUCCAGCGGAAAGAAUUUUUUUCAGGGAAUGGAGCCAGCCAGCAUUCAGUCUGAACAGAACAAAACAAAACAGGACAGAUCUGCUGCUGCUGAAGAUUUUUUUCCCUCUUGAGCAUAAAGGCGUCAUUCAGAUCAGACACUGCUAAUAAGGACUGAAACUGAGUUAUGAAAGUUUUUGUCUUUUGCUGUUUUGUUUAUUGUUGUUGAGAUGGUGGAAAAAGGUUGUUGUCUUUUUAAGACGUGUAUUGUUUUGUUUUUUCAGGAGUUUUGAGCUGUGGUGGAAGAGUUUAUUAUGAAUGUAAUUUUUUGUGAAACACACUGAAAUAUUCCAGAUCAGUCCAUUCCAGUCAUCUCAUGUGACCAACAACAAGUGCGUGUGUUGUGUAUUAGCCUGCACAGAAACAUUCUUCUUUUGUGUCUUUUAAAGGUGUGGAUCAUUGAAAAAUCAUUGAUUGUUUUUUUUAUUAUUUUCAGUCACUCGUUUUUCAUGCAGGCUGGACAUGAAACUAGUCUCCUACACCUACCUCCUGCGUUAUCUUCUGAUAGAAAAUAGACGGUGAAAUGUUAGGUUUAGAAAAGCCUGACAGAUCGAUGUCACACUGUCGCUUAACAUUCGUGGACUCACCCAUCCUGACUCACGAUGGGGAAGGCUGUUGUAGGUUUAGCGUUCAGGAGUCACCAGAGAACGUUUCUGAUAGUAGAAGCUAACCAUUAGCAUUAGCAACUACACCACACUCAGAACUCCUUCAGGCUUGUGUUAUUUGUGGAGUUAAAAAUCAGCGUUGCAAAGCAGUCAGUAGUAGCCGUGUUGCAGUUGGCCAAUCAGAGGAGAAAUGUCCAAAUAACAGGAAGUAAGAGUCCAAAUCCUGCCGUCAGAAGCUUUCCUCUGAUGUGACAUUGUGCUGCUUUCUGAAACAAGUAACCUGGCAAGCUAGACUAAAUAAAUAUAUUUUUUAGUCUGGCAGCGCUCCAUUGAUGGCUCUCGGCCGUGGGGCGGGUUCUACCAUUGCCUUUCAAACGAUGGCCGCAUGCUACCGGACAAUGAACAAGGUGACAUACUCACUGCAAUAGAUUUUGGUAAAAGGGGCAGUCUACAAUUGAAGGUGAAAAUACACCCUUUUUUCUAAAGAAAGGACUUUAAUACAUCUAUCUGCUCCUGAUUCUAAUAAAGCCCCAAUUCCAAAUAGGCCCAAUCCCAAUACUUGCAUUUGCACCCUUGCGCCCUUCAGUUGCGCGGUUCCGGCCAGGGGUGCUAGUGCAUAGGGUGUCCCGAUUCUCAAGUGCGGAAGUUGACCACGCCCCCAUUGCACCCUUAAUCUGCACUUCACCCAAGUCUGCAGUGAUGCGCACCUCGGGCAACGGAACUACCCACAAGUCAUUGCUGCGGGAGGAAAGGCUCAAGUUCCUUUUCUGAAAAUAUGUAUUUUUUAAUAAAAUAAUUUUAGUAUGAAUAAUUGAUGCUCUGAAUGUUUUAGACAAAGCAGCAAUGAAGUUAAAUUUACUUCAAAUAAUUGCUUUAUUGUUAGUUUGAAAGUUGUUAAUAAAGGUUUUUGAAAAAAGUUUCACAGCGACCAGCAUCCCGGCAUGCGAUGCGAUCGAUGAUGCAAUGCUCCUCAUCCCAAUUCGGCAGUUAUUUGGACACUUGUGUACUAUGCACUCGAACCCUACAGCGCACUUUCUCCAAGUGCACUUUGCUGAAGACCGCAGAGUGCAGUGCAAGUAUUGGGAUUGGGCCAUAGUCCAAAAUUGAUGUAAAAGUUGUUUCAAACUAGCUGUCGCCAUCUUGUUCCACUCUGUUGCAUCAUCCUACCCACCAGACGAAUAGAGGGCUCGGGGCCCCGAUUGGCCCACAAAGUGAAUAAAGCGCUAUGAUUGGUCAACAAAGCACUUAAGAGUGCUGUGAUUGGCCCACCAUUGUGGACCAAGCUCUAUAGGAUUGAAACCCCUAUAGAGAGCUGUGAUUGGCCAGCCAGAAUGCUGCUAGGGGCUGCGGAGGUUCCACUGGAGCGUUCCUAGACUUUGCAAAGCAUGAAUUUGGUCUCGUUCACUAUUGGCUAUGAAACAAGCCCGUCUGCGUUACUUUUUUCUGUUGAUCAUAGCUUCUUUAAAAAUUAUCUUAUUACAUUAACGAGGAGAGAGUGAAAUGUUUGCUCCCCAAAACUGAGAUGUGGCUGUUUUCUAAAUGUUUCUCGUGCGUUGAAAGAAAUCUUCCAGAUGACUUGUGUAAAAAAAAAAAAAAACUGGGCUUCAGUGUCUCAUGUAAGGAAGAAACUCUGAUAGAAUGAAACCCACUUGCAGAUAAACAGCACCAUGUCUAAUAAGCUCUGUCUGCUCAUCGCUGCUUUCAUAGCAGCAAGAAAACAUCACUGCUGAAAAUAGAAUCAAGGGGGUUUGUGAGCUCCUCCAGGAGUCAAGCAUGAGACUCAUUUUGGUUUGAUAUGUUUUAAAUGCAUUUCCACUUCAUUAUUCUGAUUGAUAUAUACUCUGUUAAGGCAAAUGGAAUCAGUAAAGCACACUUCUAAUGAGAAUAAAGGUGUUAAAAUCA